UUUCGUGCAUUGCAAGUCUUACACGUUACAAAAGUGAUCUUUAAAAAAUAGGAAAAGAAAAGCUUCAACACAUGUGUAAGUGUGUGUAUGGAAGAAACACUGUUUGCAUGUAAGGAGCGAAGUAUUUGAUUGAAGGGGUUGACGCGUUCCACGCGAGCUUCCACCUAGGCAGUGGUGCUUACAUUUCUCAGUCAUGCAAAACGGGCUCAGUGCUUCAUCACGGUUUACCAAAUGGGCAGGCAAGACCAAGCUCAGGUGAAGCAAAGGUGGGAUCCACAUGCACAUCUUAGAAAGAACAAAAAAGAAGAGGACCACUUCUCUGAGUUUGAAAUAAUCCCUGCGGAGGAUAAUUAUCAGAACCCCCCAACUGGAAAUGAUCAGCAGCAACAUGCUGAAUGGUUUGAGGAGCAGUUGGAAGAUGAUCUCAAAUGGUCUUUUGCUUUGAAUGGUGUGUUGCAUGCAGCAACAAGCGAGUUCCAAGACAUAGUUCUUUUGGACACAAAGCGAUUUGGAAAGGCUCUGGUGAUCGAUGGGAAGUUGCAGAGUGCUGAAAGAGAUGAGUUUAUUUACCAUGAAUGCUUGGUUCAUCCUGCUCUUUUACUACAUGACAACCCAAAAACGAUAUUUAUAAUGGGAGGUGGCGAAGGGUCAACAGCAAGAGAGUCACUAAAGCACAAAGAUGUAGAGAAAGUUAUCAUGUGUGACAUUGACAGGAUGGUUGUCGAUUUUUGCCGAGAACAUCUGACAGAAAAUCAGGAGGCGUUUCAUGACGAUAAGCUCCACAUUGUUUUCAAUGAUGCAAAGGAUGAGCUAGAGAAAACUGAAGAAAAGUUUGAUGUGAUUGUGGGAGACCUACCAGAUCCAAUAGAGGGAGGGCCUUGCAAUGACCUUUACACCAAACCCUUCUAUGAGCAAGUCAUAAAACCCCACCUCAAAGACAAUGGCAUCUUUGUCACUCAAGCUGGUCUGGCAGGAAUUCUUUCCCAUAAGGAUAUCUUCACUUCAAUAUACAACACUAUAAAACAUGUGUUCAAGUAUGUGAUUGCAUACACAGCUCAUGUGCCAUCUUAUGCAGAUUCAUGUGGAUGGGUUUUGGCUUCAGAUGAACCACUCAAAUUGGACGUUGAACAACUCAACAGCAGAAUCCAGGAAAGAAUUAGAGGAGAUCUCCUCUAUUUAGAUGGUGCUUCCAUUGUGUCAUCCACUGUAGUAAACAAGAUGAUCUGCACAUCGCUUCUGAAAGAAACUCAAGUCUUGACUGGAGAAAACGUAAGGUUCGUCUAUGGGCAUGGGCUUGCAAAGAAUUCAGAAGAAUAGGGGGGCUAAUGUGCUAUUGAAAGGAAAACCAAUGAUAAAGAAUAAAAGCAUCUGGGCAUGUAGACUCAGAACUAAUAAUUGAAGUUUUUUUUGACAAAACCAUUGGCUCAAAUUCCGGAUUUUAGGAAAUAAUCAACUACCAUUGCUUUACCAUUAUGUCACUGGAUUAAGUCCCCACCUUUUGG